AACGCACCACCCUCCGGCCAAGUUUGAAACGUUGGAUAGUAAACUACAUGUGUGGACGCCAGUCGUACGUGGAAUUCAGAAACAAGAAGUCGAGCAUCCGUAGAGUUAAACAGGGAGUUCCCCAAGGUGGGGUGAUAUCUCCGGAACUGUUUAACCUCUACCUUUCUGAAAUUCCACGCCCUCCAGACGGCAUAGAGAUUGUUACGUACGCAGAUGAUUGUACGCUCGUGGCGUCCGGACCCAUUAUUGAUGACAUUUGCGAUCGGUUGAACGCUUACCUUGUUGAUCUUACCGCCUUUUUCACUGCGAGGAAUAUGAAGAUAUCCGCCACUAAGUCGACGGCCACACUUUUCACCACAUGGACUGCGGAGAUGGGGCUAUCCUUGAAUGUGCAGGUCGAUGGUGCUAUUAUUCCGACCACCAACUACCCCAAGGUACUAGGGGUCACAUUCGAUAGCCUCUUUAAGUCGUCCGCGCAUACCACAGCUAUCUGCGACAAGAUUAGAAGUAGGAACAAGGUCCUCAAGUCUCUGGCCGGCAGUACUUGGGGAGCUGAUAAGGAAACCUUGUUGAUCUCUUACAACGCGAUAGGCCGGUCUGUGGUAAACUAUGCGGAUCCGGUGUGGUCCGCUAACGUCAGUGCUACGCAGUGGAAAAAUGUUCAGUCCUGCCAGAAUGCCGCCCUUAGAACCGCAACAGGGUGCCUUCUCAUGACACCUGUCGAUCACCUACAUGAGGAGGCGAAGGUCUUACCGGUGCGACAGCAUAACAAAAUGCUGUCAAUGCAAUACCUGCUUGGGUGUUAUAGACAAAGCCAUCCAAAUCACCAUCUUGUGGAUAGGCAACCUCCGCCCAGGCACGUUAGGAAAGACCUUCAUGAUCUAGAGAGAGAGGUACAGAGGUAUAAGAGAGAGCCUCUAGAUCAACAGGCCUAUCAAGCGGGACUGAAUAGUAUUCACUCUAAUGCGGUCUCAGAAGCCAUUGAAGGAUAUAGAGUGAAUACUGUGCUAGGAGACCAUCCCCCUCCCGUCGCAGCUGAAGAACGAGAGCUGCCCCGACAAACCCGAGUAGUCUUGGCUCAAUUACGAUCCGGAUGGUGCAGCCGCCUAAAUUCCUACUGGACCCGGAUCAACGGCGACGUGCAGAACAUCUGCCCAGCAUGUGGCACAGGCCCACAUGACACGCUGCACUUAUUUCGUUGCCCAGCCAAGCCUACUCACCUAACUCCAGUCUCGUUAUGGACACAACCCAUACAGGUUGCAUCCUUUUUGAGACUGGACUUAGAGGCAGAACCCGAUUGAACUGAGUCAGAAAAUGGAAACCAAACGUACACAGAUGUAUGAGCUGCUACAACAACAACAACAGCUGCUAUUAGCCAAACAUAAAGAUAUAUUCAGUGAUAUAGCGGGUAAGUUCAAAGGUCCUCCUAUUAAAGUGCAAUUGAUGCAAGAUGCUACGCGAAAAUUUUCCGGCCGAGUAUCGGAAGCAUAGCUGGUUGCUACCGGACGCGUCCACAGGUUGCGGAUAGUGGAACGCCCAAUAGAUAUAUUGGGCAGCUGCGAAUAAAUAAGCAGUCGCGGACAACUCAACGGUACCGGGGGGAGAGUCUCGGAACAAAUAUCCGAGUGCCCAUGAUCCCUGGUUCGACGAGGCGAACAACUGACGCCUCAAACUAUCCAGUGAUCGGUGUUGGUCUACCGAAGAAUAAGACCCCCUAACGCUGGGGUGUUACGUAAACCGUGCCCAUCAGUGUUCUUCGGCUUGCAGUCAGGGUACCGACUGUAUUCGUACGGUUGCCUUACUGAUACCUGGGCGCCUCAGUGGGUAACAGGCUUAGUUGCCCAGUCCUUGCCAUUGUAGGGAGGCUAUGCCAUGGUGGACUUCGUUUCCUCCAAGUUCGACUUUUUAAUAUGGAGAAGAAUAAUUACUUAAAUAAAAACAAACACCCAACUACCACCACUGACACUAUUGCAUCCAAGGAAGCAACGACCAAGGACCGGCCACAGGACACGAUUUCCAACUCGGGAGGGGACGACUCUAUACUGAAUUACAGUGACGUCAUCCAUGACAAUAUUCAGCGACAUAGCAAACAAUUGUUUCUAUACUCUAUACUGAAUUACAGUGACGUCAUCCCUGACAAUAUUCAGCGACAUAGCGAACAAUUGUCCGCCCUCCUGGAAAAGACAAAAACGCUAAGGCUCAGUCAGGAAAGUAUUCAUUCUGGCUUUGGAGAUGACUCACCACUUUUGGAUGUGGAACUUGACAUCACGGUAAUUUCCUCGUCUGAAAGUGGUAAGUCAUUUCAAAAAGCCACCAAGAACACUCCCAGCGAGACUUGCGCAGAGUCCCAAAUCCAGGAGGGAUCAUCGUCGGUCACUUCCGAUGUUACCAGCCUCGAUCGGCAAGACGCCAUCAAUGUAGGUACUGGCGGGGAUCCUACCAGAAACCCUACCUCUCAUGAUGGCGCCGACCCAAAGGAGGCGAAAGCAAAGCGGGGCUAUAAAAGGUCGGUAAACUAUUGUAAAAAAUUAUCGGCCAAGACCCCGCGCAGAUAACGGAGAGAGAGAAGAUUCUGAUUAAGAUGAACCUCAAGGUAAUUGCAAAGUUCGAAAAGAACCACCCGCAUUUACCAAGCUGUUCUCUUAAUCAGACUCCUCUUCGGGUAGCAAUCAUCGACAAGGCUGAACCGGAAGGUAAAAUCAGCGACAGUCGAUGGCUGCUAUUCGAAGAUCGACUGAGGGAGCUUGUCUUCACGGGAGAGGGUGACCCACGAAGUAUGCAAUUCGGCAGUGCAACCCUUUACAGAGGCGUGAAAGUCAUGUGCUGUGAAAACCAGGAAUCUAAGGAUUACCUGGUCACUGCAAUAUCUGGCUUUCGCGACCUCUGGCAGGGAUGUGAUCUGGCGGUUGUAUCCUUAAAGGACAUCCCCUGUCGUAAGGUAUUGACAGCUUGGGUGCCACCACCAUCCGUUGAUCCGGCACGCAUCCUGACAAUACUGGGCAAGCAGAACCCCAACCUCAAAACAGACAACUGGCGUCUUGUCAGUUCAAACACUGAUGAGGGGGCCUGGUCAUCAAAGUAUCUAUGGAUACGGAUGGCCAGGAAUACCUUCAAGCUCGUGGGGGAAAAUUGCAUUUCGGCGCUGGAUGGAUCCAUUUCCGUCUAACGCCGUUGCAUUAGGUGGAAGAAAACAUCGGCUACUUAGCAUCAUGCAGAAUAAUCUGCAUCACUGCAAAGCAGCUGCUGCCGAACUCCUCCUAUCCCUCUCGAAAGCUGAAGUAGAUAUAGCUCUGGUUCAGGAACCCUAUAUAUACAAUAAUAGGGUAACUGGACUAGUGAGUGGGCAGUACGUCUCUUAUGCGGUAUCCAAUGGUGAUAAUGUAAGACGUGUAUUGUUGCCAAAAAGAGUUUAAAUCUUAUCCUCCUUAGCAACUACAGUGGAGGAGACGUUACUUUAGCGAGACUUGAGUCUAAAUCCGGGAGGGUUCACAUUUUCAUCUCUCUCUACCCACCGUACGAGCGACCUGACCCACCUGGCCACGAAGUAGAGGAGCUGCUCAAAGAUCUGGCUGACAAACGCACACCACUUCCAAUGGGGCAGCAAUGAUACCAACGUCAGAGGAUGAACACAAUGGACCUAUAGGUCUCCGAGUGGAGCGGUUGCCAUAUGGUAACCGCGCGUCCUUUAACCUACCUAUCCUAACCUACGCCAAAAUUUGCAAGACCCCGAAAAAUCCCAUUCGCAUUACGGGAUGUGAAUGCCAGGGAAAUAGGCUAACAUUGCGGCGGGAUCUUACGAAAGAGUAGAGUAUUCUACUACACAUGUAGUGACGAAGGGGAAUGGAGGUAUACUUAUUACGGGUAACUACAAACCAACCGUAAAUCCGCAAAUUGUAAUAGACGAACACCCAAUUCCGAAAGCGGAGGAUAUUUUCAAUAGGAUGAAGGGCUCAACGGUGUUUGCCCAUUUGGAUAUUACUGACGCGUAUUCACACUUGAUAGUUGAUGAGGAAUUUGCCCAUGUCCUGACGCUGAAUACUCCAACACAUGGACUGAUACGUCCAACUCGAGCAGUUUAUGGAGCCGCCAACAUUCCGGCCAUUUAGCAAAGAACGGUGGAAAUGACUAUACAUGGCAUUUCUAAUAUUCUUAAUUUUUUCGACGAGAUUCUGGUGUUUGCAACAGAUGUUGAUGAUCUGUUGAAAGUUCUUGAGACUGCAUUAUGUAAGUUAAAGGAAUUUGGAUUUAAGUUAAACAAAAAGAAGUGCCUGUUUGUGACGUCAUCGAUUGAAUUUCUAGGUCACAAAAUCGACGCCAAAGGAAUUCAUAAACCCAACAAACACAUUGAAGCGAUUAUACAUGCGACAAAACCAAGAACGUUGGAGGAGUUACAAUUAUUUUUGGGAAAGGCGUCGUAUUAAUCGAAUUUCAUAUUAAACCUGUCUACACUUGAGAGUCCACUUCGGGACGUUUUGAAAAAAGGAACUUUCUAUUGGAAUAAAAAUACAGAUGCGGCAUACACCAAAAUUAAGCAACUGUUGAUAGCUCCGCAAGUGCUGAUCCCGUACAAUCCAGCAUUGCCUAUUCUAAUUGCAACGGACGCCAGUAAAACGGGACAGAGAGCUGUUCUGUCGCAUCAUCUUUCUAAUGGACAGGAACGUCCAAUUGCUUAUGCGAGCCGCACCAUGAACGCGACGGAGUAACGAUAUUCACAAAUCGAUAAAGAGGCGCUGACCAUAGUGUGGGCCGUCCUAAAGUUUUUCACGUACCUGUAUGCCCGUCAUUGGACUCUGAUUACUGACCACAAACCGCUGGUACAAAUCCUACAACCGAGUAAGACGCUGCAUAUUUUAUGCAUAUCCCGUAUGGCAAACUACGCCGAUUUCCUUUAUAAUUUCAAUUUUGAAGUGGUCCACAAAACCUCGAAAGAAAACAGCAAUGCCGAUUUUUUGUCUCGAGUAACUCCAGUAAACAGAGUGAACAAGCUCAGUUUUGAUAAGGCCAUAUGUAAUGACCUUGAAGAAUUCGACAGUUUCGUGAUUCGCCAAAUUAAUCAAUUACCGGAAACUUCUGAACGAAUUGCGCUGGAAACCAGAAAGGAUCCACAUCUUCGUAAGAUUACAAAGUUAUUGGAAAGUGGACAGUGUUUGUCAAAAGCUGGUUACAAAGCACCAGAAAUGAACUACAAAGAGUCGUCAGGGUGUUUAAUGUUUGAACACCAAAUUGUGAUCCCUCCUAGAUUUCGGGACGAUUUAUUGAAAGAUUUGCAUGGCGCCCAUAUAGGGAUGGUUAAGAUGACGAUUACAUUGCUGUAUGAAGUGUUUGCUACAUACGGAGUACCAUUAAUAGUAGUUUCCGAUAAUGGAACGAAUUUUUCUUCGGCUGAAUUCAAGAAUUUUAUACAAAGAAUUGGCGUUAAGUACCACAAAUUUACUGUCCCCUACCACCCAGCAACUAACGGCCAACAGAGCGAAAUGUCCGAACGGUGAAGAAUGCAUUAAAGGCUAUGCGUACAACGAAAAUGACAUUGAAAGAGAAUCUUAACGAAUUCCUGAGACAGUACAGAAAUGCACCUCAUUCGACUACGGGUCAGUCCCCAGCACAGUUGUUCCUAGGACAACAGUUACGAACACGUUUAAAUCUAGUGUUCCCACAAGAAACUAGUAGUAAAGUAACAGCCAAAUAGUUCAUGAAGAGCAGUUGUAAAUACAAGGAAUUGGAAAAGGAUCAAAACCAAAGUGACCAAACGUUUGGGAGAUGUCCACUAUCGAAUUCUGUUCCAGGGGAAGUAUUAUAGAAGUCAUAUUGAUCAACUUCGUGGUACAGAUCAAAAUGAUAUUGACACAUGGAGUCGUCGCACACCAGUCAACAGUAAGGAAAACUCUGUGAAUCGUCCGAAUAACUACGGAGCUGGUUCGAGCAUCGUCACCGACGAACAACAAGAAUCGGUAAUCGAACAACUAACUCAGAGAUUAAGCUAGAACAUACCGAACAAUUUUCAACUCCACCCGUCUCAACACAUGGGUAUGAGGACACCCAAACUUCUUCGACAUCUACUCCAGUGCUAGGAUUCCCGGAAUCAUCCGCAUCGUCAUUUGCUACAAAUGUCUACGAACGGGGACAAGGAUUGCGGCGAUCAACAAGGGUUCGAAGAACCAGGGCCCUAUUCUCUCCUUAGAGGGGAAAGAUGUUGUAUAUGUAAACUCGAUAUUGACAUCACUUUUAUUUUAUCUGCCAGAUGGCAACCCUAUUUUCACUAACAAUCUCCAUUCCAUAUUCUUUAUUUAUUAGUUCAUAGUUUACUCUUGUAACUUGUACAUCACAACCUUUCUUAAUGAAAUAAACUGAAUUAAAUUAAAACUCCAGACUUUGAGUAUACAAUGAAUAUUAUAAAGCCUUAUGACAAAUGAUGCCUUUGCAGGACCACGUCGUCGAAUACAUACGACUACAUUCAGUAUUUUUAAGAUUUGAACGGAAUUUUAAACGUUUUUUUUUUAAUUGCCAAAUACGUUCCAAAUGAUAGAGGGAAUUCAAAGUUCGUCCCGGCCGAAUUAACAGCUUUUUUACUUUUUUUUAGAAUCACUUUUUAAGCUGUCGUAUAGAAUCCACCUUCUUUAUUUUUCUCACGAACAGUUCACACUGAACGACAAAUGGUAUGGUGGUAAUAGUCUCCAUUUAAGCACAGCUUCAAUGCAAAUGAGUGUCGUAAAUUCUUCGAAUGUAAAAUUCCUGUUUGUCAUACUGUUCACGCCUGCCUCCCAUAGGCUACCAUGCGGGGUGCAUAAGGAGGAAUGUGAAUUUUUUUACGUUCUUUUUUUUAAAUAAUUCUUUCUUUGGCCAAAGCCCAUAUUAUUUG